UAAAAUUUUGUACAGGAAUAAAAACAAAUGGCUUCAGAUGCUUUCCUGAUUAAAUUACUUUUUAGUGUAUUUUUUAAAAGAUUAGCUUUUUUUGAAAUAUUAGAAUAAUGAAUUACAAAAAUGUUAAUUUUGUUAAAUUAUUCUGGGCAACUUUUAUGUUCAUUAAAAUCAAUGGAGAAAAACCACACAUAAUAUUGAUUGUUGCUGAUGAUCUAGGGUGGAAUGACAUCGGUUUCCAUGGUUCUAAAGAAAUAUCGACACCUAAUAUAGAUAGGCUAGCUACUAAUGGUGUUGUGCUUGAUAAUUAUUAUGUUUUACCAAUUUGCACACCCAGUCGAAGUGCAAUUAUGACUGGGAGAUAUCCUAUUCAUACAGGAAUGCAACAAGAUACAAUUUAUGGACCUAAUCCUUAUGGAGUUAGCUUAAAUGAAAAAUUUUUACCUCAAUAUCUAAAACAGCAAGGCUACAAAACAUAUGGUGUGGGAAAGUGGCAUCUGGGCUUUUUUGCAAAAGAAUACACUCCUACAUAUCGAGGUUUUGACUCGUAUUAUGGUUCUUAUCUAGGGAAAGGAGACUAUUGGAAUCACUCAAAUACGGAGACUUUCUCUGGAUUAGAUCUUCAUGAUAAUGAAAAAGUAAUCAUUGGUGUUUUUUCACAAGAUGGAGCAUAUAAUACUGAAAUGUAUACCUCAAAAGCCAUUAGUUACAUAAGCAAUCAUAAUUGUUCAGAACCGUUGUUUUUAUAUUUGGCUUUUCAAGCUGUUCAUAGUUCCAAUUCUGAAGUAGAACCUUUGCAGGCACCUCAAGAAUGGAUUGACAAGUUUUCAUACAUAAAACACGAGCAACGACGGAAGUAUGCAGCCAUGUUAGCAUAUAUGGACUAUGGAAUUGGAAGGGUACACGAAGCGUUAAUUGAAAAAAAGAUGUUAGAUAAUUCUGUGAUCAUUUUUACUACAGAUAAUGGAGGUCCAUCAAAUGGUUUUAAUAAUAAUUGGGCAAACAAUUUUCCACUAAGAGGUGUAAAGGCUACCCUUUUUGAAGGUGGAGUUCGUGGAGUUGGCUUUGUUUACAGUAAACUAAUUGAAAUGUCAAGAGUAUCCCAUGACCUUAUUCAUGUAACUGAUUGGUUGCCUACAUUAGUUAGUUUAGCAGGUGGAAAUGUCACUGAUAUUUCUUUUCUAGAUGGAUUCGAUCAAUGGGCUACCUUACAAAACAAACAGUCAUCUCAGAGAAAUGAGAUACUAUUAAAUAUUGAUGAACAUGUCUGGAAAAACGAAGCAUUAAGAGUAGGAAGUUGGAAGCUCAUCAAAGAAGGUCUUAAAAAUUGGGAUGGUUGGUACCCUCCUCCUUCUUAUAAUGAAAGUAUGGAUGAAUCUUUAAAUUCUAGCAUUUUAAAAUGUGGCCAUGAUUUCCCUGUUGUUAUUAAUCACUGUGACGAUUAUUGUUUAUUUCAUGUCGUUGAAGAUCCAUGUGAGAUUGUUGAUCUUUCGAAAAAGUUUCCAGAUGUUUUAGCAACAAUGAUGUAUAGACUUAAUAUAUAUAAACAGUCAAUGGUUCCACCUAGAAACAAUAUGACGAUUGAUUCAAGAUCAGAUCCAAAGUUACAUAAUGGAGUAUGGCAACCAUGGGAAAUCAGCAGUAAUAUUGGUUGUUCUAAGAUUUAAAAAAAAAUUAUACAAUGGAUAAAAUAUUCAUUUAGUACCUGUUUACCACAUAUUUUUUACUAAAUUUUUAACUUUUUUACAAGAUUUUUAUUGUAAAUAUAUUUAUUAAAUUAGAAU